AAAGCACUGGGAAGGGUGCUGUUCGAUCAAGUGUGCAAACAGCUGCAUCUCUUGGAGGCGGACUAUUUCGGUCUCGAGUACCAAGAGCCCAACGGGACGAAGUACUGGCUGGAUCUGGAGAAACCAGUUUGCAGGCAAGUGGGGCUGUCGCUGGUCGACCCGCUCCUCAGGUUCUGCGUCAAGUUCUACACGCCCGAUCCGGCCCAACUCGAGGAGGAGUUCACCCGUUACCUGUUCUGCCUGCAAAUCAAGCGCGACCUGGCCCAGGGCCUCCUGCAGUGCAACGACAACACCGCCGCUCUCAUGGCCAGUUACAUAGUCCAAGCCGAGUGCGGGGAUUACGUGACGGAGGACUACCCGGACCACACGUACUUGUCGACGUACAAGUUCGUGCCGCACCAGGACCAAGAGCUCGAGCGCAGGAUCAUGGAGAACCACAAAAAACACGCGGGACAGUCGCCCGCCGAAGCGGAUCUGAAUCUUCUCGAAACUGCGCGGCGCUGCGAACUCUACGGCAUGAAAAUGCAUCCCGCAAAGGAUCACGAAGGAGUGCCGUUGAACUUGUCCGUGGCGCACAUGGGGAUCAUAGUCUUUCAGAACUACUCGAAAAUCAACACGUUUAGUUGGGCGAAGAUACGAAAAAUCAGUUUCAAGAGGAAAAAGUUUUUGAUCAAGCUCCACCCGGAAGGCUAUGGUUUCUACAAGGAUACGGUCGAGUUUUUUUUCGAAGGGCGCAACGAGUGCAAAAACUUUUGGAAAAAAUGCGUGGAGAAUCAUGGGUUCUUCCGUUGCUCCACGGUCAAGCGGGUGACCCGACAAAAAACUCGAGUUCUCAGCCGAGGAUCUUCAUUUAGGUACAGCGGCAAGACGCAAAAGCAGAUAGUAGAGUUUGUGCGUGACAACUACGUCAAGAGGACGCAAGAGUUUCAGAGGUCCAAUUCGUUCCGGCAGACUAGCAGUGGUAGGGCAUUACAGGGCUCGGAGGGGGGAGGCUAUCGUGGGGCCACGUCAAGCAGCUCCCUUUUGGGCAGCUCCAGCAUCUCUGCCCACCCCCUCCUGCCCCUCGGCGAUCCUGCGCUGGAAACGCCGGCUCUGUCUCUGUCAUACGGUUCGAUGACGCUGGAUUCUCCGACGACUGCGACGAGUGCCUCGAUGGGCGGGACGAGUCACCGUCGCGAAGACACAGCUACGUCCUAUCGGACGCUCACCUCUAUAGACGUGCAUUCACCGGCCACCCCGUACAGCCAGGGCCAAGCGCCAUCGCAUGUUACCAGUCAGCCGCAGCAUCAGCAAGCCAGGAUUUCAUCAACAGAAGACAUGGAUGCCGAGAAGUCGCAGUCAUCUCAGGAACAGAGCCAAUCGCCGAAUUCACCAUGUAAAUCCGAGAACAACAAUUCUGUUUACUCGCGUGGCGAGUCUUUACUGGAGAAGCGCACGGCCAACGGUGGCUGCAUCCAGGGAGUUGAGGACCAGAUGUCACCAACCGAAAUAAGUCCAAUUAAACCUUUAAGGAACGGUGAUGUCACCGACGAUGGAGAUACAAGAAGGACCAAGCGUUGGCCCACUGACAAGGCUUACUUCAUUUCCAAGGAGUUGCUCAUGACUGAGAGGACGUACAAGAAAGACAUCGAUGUCGUUAAUAUCUGGCUUCGAGAAGAACUAUCCAAAGAACCAGAGAAUGAAAGUGAUUUUUUGGUGACCCUACUUGAACUGCUGGCAGAUGCUCAUGGUCCGUGUUUGCAAGAGAUGGAAACACGACUGUCGCACUGGGAUAGUAAUUCCCGUCACAACAUUGGUUAUUUUCUCUACAACACAUUGCUGAAUGUACUGCCACUUUACGAUCAGUAUCUGGAAAAUCUAAUGCCCGUGUUGGAGAAGUUUGAGUACUUGAUGCGUACGUCCAAGCACUUUGACCAACUUUGCCGAGACUUUGAGUCUCAAAAGUACUGCUAUUUACCCCUCACGAGUUUUUUGCUCAAGCCUCUGCAGCGUCUACUCCAUUAUAACAGUAUUAUCGAUAGAUUGUUAGAUUAUUAUCCUAAAGACCACACAGAUUUCGAAGACUGCUUAGCUGCAAGAGAUAGAUUGGGAGAGACGCUGCUCGAAGGAUUAACUGUUCUUAAUCAAGCUGAGAAUUUGGUGCAACUUUGCGAACUACAGCGGGACAUCUGUGGCUUUGAUAAUUUGGUGCAAGAAGGUCGAAGGUUCAUCAGACAAGGUUGCUUGCAAAAAUACAGCCGAAAAGGUUUCCAACAGAGAAUGUUCUUCUUGUUUUCUGAUAUUUUACUUUACACAUUCCGAUCACUGCAACCCACACAAUGUUUCAAAGUCCAUGGACAACUACCGUUGAAGAAUAUGAAGAUUCAGGAGAAUGACAACAAAACGAAUACUGAAUUUUCUUUUAUGAUUCAUGGUCUUGGAAAUCAAUCUUUGACAGUUGCUGCUAGCAGUGAAGAAGAGAAGGAAAGAUGGUUGGAAGAUCUGAAUGCAGCUAUCGCUCAAUCGGAUACAAUAGACGGAAAAACGCCUUAUUUAAACCUCAAGACUUGUAUCUUAGGAUCGGUAGAUGAGGUUGGAGAUGGUACCUCUAAUGAAAGCGACCGAACAAGCUGCGGUGGAACCAAAACAUCUCAGCGUAGUAAUACGACCGUCCACGUUUGUUGGCACCGAAAUACGAGUAUCAGCUAUAGCGAUCAACUACGAGCCUUCCAGAAUCAACUAAGUGGUUUUUUGCUGCGCAAAUUCAAGAACAGUAAUGGUUGGCAAAAGCUCUGGGUUGUCUUCACCAAUUUCUGCCUCUUCUUUUACAAGUCUCAUCAGGAUGACUAUCCAUUGGCCAGUCUACCACUGCUGGGUUAUACAGUAUCCCAACCUUUGGAAAAAGAUGGCAUUAACAAAGAUUUUGUUUUUAAAUUACAGUUCAAGAAUCACGUGUAUUUUUUCAGAGCGGAAAGCGAUUAUACUUUUGGAAGAUGGAUGGAAGUGAUUAAAAGUGCAACGCAACAGAGCCAUGUAACUACUAGUUAUACUCUCAAUGAAGACUAUUAGUACAUGCAAAUAUUAAUUGACCAAAAUUUUUUGUGUAAAAAUAGUAUUUACAGUUCUACCUGAAUCUCUGUAUCUAAUGAUUGUAUUUAAAAAAAAAUGUUGAAUUUAUUAAAGCUUUGAAAUUUUUAACUAAGAGUGUGACUCUUAGAGAGAUGAUUUAAUCUACAGUAGUUAAUCAAAAAAAAGAAAAAAAUUUUUAGCAAUUUUUUGUACAAUUAAAAUUAUUUUGAGUAUUUUUGAAACAAAAAAAAAAUUCUCAUGACCUUACGAAUUGAUGUUUUGUAAAAAUGCGGCAAACCGCCUUUGUUAGCCUUAUAAAUUUUAAAACAACGUUUUUUCACUUUAUUAUAAUUAUUUUUAACUAUACUUAUAGCCUUGCUCACGUAUAAUUUUGUUAUUUGUCAAGAAAAAAAAAGUGACGUAUAAGUUCUUCGUUAUUUUCCUGCGAGCUUUUGAAGUAUAAUUGCGUCUUCUAUUUUUUGGUUUAUUAUUAAAAUUUAUGUUUAAUGGUUUGAAAACAACUGUUUUUUACAUAAAAGCCGACUUUUUAAAAAUUUAUCAUAAUGUACAAUGCUGUUUGAAUGAAUGACUGUCUUUUUAUAAUAUUUAAAAAUAUGUCUUUAAUUAAUGGCGUGCGUAUGAAUUUAUGCAGAUGUAAAAGAAUGUUUUGCUAAGUGGAACCUAAGAAUUUGUUUGUACGUAUUUAAAAUAAAUAUAAUUGUUUGUUUUUUUCA